AUUCUUUGCUCAGAAUUCCUCCUGACAUAUCCCUGACUUUCUUUGUGAAACCAAACAUAUGUUUCCUUCUUCAAACAUUACCGAUCUUUUUCGCUGAAACUUAUAUUGUAUACAACCAUAUCCCAAUCUCUCAGUCUGACACUUUUUCUUUACUUUGAUAAUUCCAAGUUAAUUUGCAAUGACUAGGCCUGGCAACAGGAUCAUACAAGCCAAGCUGGUGCUUCUGGGGGACAUGGGAACUGGGAAAACCAGUUUGGUAUUAAGAUUCAUCAAGGGCCAGUUCUUCGAUAACCAGGAACCAACUAUAGGAGCAGCUUUUUUCACACAGAUAUUAUCAUUAGCUGAAGCAACUGUGAAGUUUGAUAUAUGGGACACAGCGGGACAAGAAAGAUAUCAUAGCUUGGCUCCAAUGUAUUAUCGUGGCGCAGCAGCAGCAAUAAUAAUGUAUGAUAUCUCAAGCAUGGAUACAUUCAUUAGAGCCAAAAAAUGGGUUCAAGAACUGCAAAGACAAGGAAAUCUUAAUAUGGUUAUGGCAUUGGUGGCAAACAAAUCUGAUCUAGAUUCUAAGAGAGAGGUGCAGAAUGAGGAGGGCGAGCAAUUUGCUCAAGAGAAUGGAAUGUUCUUCACAGAAACAUCUGCAAAAACUGCUUACAAUAUCAAUGAGCUUUUUUAUGAAAUAGCAAAGAGAUUGGCAAGAGCUCACCCUCCUAAACCUGCUGGAGUGAAUCUAAACAAUGAAACGCAAAGUAGAACAAGAAAACUAUUUUGUUGCACUGGGUGAUAGGGCAUAUCAAGAGUCCCUGUAUCAACAAUAAUCGCAAGCCCACUUGCCAUUUAUGUAAAAAACAAAACUUUGUAAUUGCUUUUGGAACAGGUGGUCAUUGCUUACUUCCCUUUUGCGCCACUAAAAGAAAAAGGAAAAACAAAUCAAGACUAUUGAUUUCUCUUAUAAGCUCCCUUCCCUUUUAAGCUGAGUUAAACAUGAACUUUUGUAAAGGAACUACUUACAAGAAAUGAAGAACAUAUAACGGAUA